AUGAUUGUCCUACGGAAGGUCCGGGCCUUCAGUUCAACCCCAUAUCCACUGGUCAGGCCCGAGUCGCCGAAUUUCAUCGACAUUCCUCAUCCGAUACAGCCUUUCCAUCCUCGUAAGCAGCCGGUAAAGGGUAUUCUCCCUGUGCCCCGUGAGCUAUUCCCGGCCCGACGACCAGACAAGCCGACGCAAUCCUACGCUGAGGCUGCCACUCCCGAGCCGUUAAGUAAAGAGCCAAAACUCCACCCUGGAGAUCCUCAGUUGGACCACGUGGAAUGGAAGAGGCGGAUGGCUGCCAUCCGCCGCAAAAACUUGCGUGAGGGUCUAGCCGAGCUGUACGCACGCAAGCAGAAAAGUGACGAGCUCAGAGCGAAACGCAGCAGCGCGAAAAUAGCGCAACGGGAGCAGAUCCUCGUCCAGGGCCCACGAGAAGAUGAUCGGCUGAUGCAGCAAUCGACUCCUGAAGUUAUGAAACCGAGCAAGAUGUCUAUCCUCCCCGAUCCCACAGCGGGGCAACGCCUCAAGACCUCCCGCAAGAAACACGCUGCGAAGCAACUGAGUAAGAAACAACAGAGAUCAGACCAUCUCCACUCUCUGUACAUGAACGCCCGGACUUUCAUCACCAACGAGGAGCAAUUGAAGGCGGAGAUUGAGCGGGUGUUCCCCGAUGGCGAGAAUCCUGCAUGGACCAACGAUGAGGAUGUUGGAGAGAAUAUCUGGAACUUGGGCAUUCCAUCAACUGUAGAGUCCCUGGUGCAUGCUGGAAAGACUGACGCGACCAUUUGGAGUCUUGGGGAGAAGAGAGUGAAGAGGAUCGCUGAGGAGCUUACUGGUGGAGCUAUCUAA